UAGGUAAUAUUCAUAAGCAUGCUCUUUUGCUUAGGCAUAAUAAGAAUAAAUCCCUAAUUUUAUAAACUAUUACUGAAAUUUUGAUAAUCCUGUGAUCUGCAGUUAAAACAUUACUUAUUUUGAUAUUGUUGACUAAAAUCAGAACAAUGACAGAGUUGGAAGAUCAAGUAAAUAAUCUAGAAGUUAAAGAUGAUGAUGAUGUUAUUGAUCCAUGGACUGUUGUUGGUAAAUCUGCAACUGGAAUUGACUAUGAUAAGGUUAUAAAAAAAUUUGGCAGUCAAAAAAUAGAUAGUGAACUAAUUGCUCGCUUUGAAGAAGUAACUGGUAAAAAAGCACAUCAUUACUUGAAGAGGGGUAUAUUUUUCUCACACAGGGACCUUCAUAACAUUCUGAACUUGUAUGAAUCCGGGAAAAAGUUCUAUCUGUACACUGGGAGAGGUCCAUCAUCAGAGACAAUGCACAUUGGUCAUUUAGUACCAUUUCUUUUUACAAAAUGGUUGCAAGAUGUGUUUGAUGUCCCAUUAAUCAUUCAACUGACUGAUGAUGAGAAGGUGUUGUGGAGAGACUUGAAGGUUGAAGAUGCAAGGCAAAUGGCAUUUAACAACGCUAAGGAUAUCAUAGCAAUGGGUUUUGACCCUGCUAAUACCUUUAUGUUUAACGACCUAGAUUUUAUUGGAAAGUGUCCAGAGUUCUAUCAGAAUAUGUUGCGGGUACAGAAAUGUGUAACAUUUAACCAGGUGAAAGGCAUUUUUGGAUUCGGGGAUUCUGAUAUCAUCGGGAAAAUUACAUUCCCCUCCAUAGAGGCGACGCCCGCCUUCUCCACCAGCUUUCCAUUCAUAUUUGAUGGUAAAAUUGUUCCAUGUCUGGUGCCGUGCGCCAUCGACCAGGACCCGUACUUCCGGAUGACCCGGGACGUGGCCGCUCGCCUCAAGCUGCCAAAACCUGCCCUGGUGCACGCCUCCUUCCUGCCGGCACUCCAGGGCGCGCAGCACAAGAUGUCUGCCAGUGACCCUAACGCCUCCAUAUUCCUGAGUGAUACUCCCAAACAAAUCAAGAGCAAGAUCAACAAAUACGCAUUCUCUGGAGGUCGGGCCACUGUGGAGGAGCACAGAGAGAAGGGCGGCGACGCCGACGUGGACAUCUCUUUCAAAUACCUCACAUUCUUCCUGGAAGACUGCGAUCGACUAGCUGAAAUCCGGGCUGCGUAUGAGUCGGGACAGCUUCUGACUGGCGAGCUGAAGCAGAUAGCUAUAGAGACUAUAACUCCCAUCAUCAGAGACUAUCAGGCCAGAAGGAGUAAAGUCACCGACGAAAUUCUCCAACAGUUCUUUGCCUUGCGGAAACUCAAUUUUUAAACUAAAUCUAUUAAAAUAAAUUAUUUAAUUAAUUUAAUAACCUUGCUUGCUGUUUAAAUUAUGAAGAAAUGUAAGACAAUUUGUUAUUUUUAAAGUGAUAUCCAACACUCAAAUUAUACAAAUAUAAAUUUGUAACCAAAAUUUAUAAACGAUGCGUGACUCAAAUUCACGACUUCUUGGGUUCCCUCCGAGCGCUCUUACCAACUGAGCCAAUCGUUCCGGUACGCGUGGGUUGUAAAUUUUAGUAUAUCUUGUUCAACUCUCAGUUGGAGAGAGCGCUCCAACGGAACCCGAGAGGUCGCGGGUUCGAGUCCCGCAUCGUUCAUAAAUUUUUUCUCAUGUAGCAGUUCAAACUUGGUUACAUAAGUGAGAGUGAUUUAUUUUUUAUGCUUAAAUAUAAUAUGCUCUAUUUAUUUUUUCAAUAAAGAACGUUGAAAUGU